UACUUGCGAAACCCCAACCCGGCUUGGUUGCGCACUGCGUCAUCGCGGGGAUGGAGCCCCGCAAAACCCCCCCCGGAGUACUUCCUGGAGAUCUUCGCAGACACCACCCAUGUGCGAGACGUGCUCAAAGGUCAGUUAAGCUCGGUCGAGGAAAGGUCGCAAGAAGUUUCGUCUAAACAAAAUCUCAUAGGUGUCCUCAAUCUUAUCUUCUUCCACCGUUACUUCCCCUCCAUCCGCCCAGUCACAUUCGACGUGUUGGACUUUACACUUCCCGCAAUCAAUGACGCAGACCUAGAGACUCUGAUUGAUGCGCGCGUAUCGGCGUUAGUCCGGCAGCAUCUUUCCUCCGCAGCCGGUGGGCAAGACGGCCCGAUCGGCGGGGGCGGCGGCGUGCGAGGGCGGAUCGCAGUCGAGUUCUACGAGAAGAAGCGACGGCGCUCGGGCCACUGGUUUGGCGGACUCACGGGGAAGGGCGAGGAAGAAGUUUGCUGGGAGAUUUGGACGCUGGAUGUGACGAUCGCGACACCGCGCACCGAGUCCGAACGAGCCAAGGUGCGCAAGGCUAUGGGUAAUAUGCUGCAGAAAGCGGCUUUGAAAAUUCUGAGCGUGGUCAACCGGGACAAAGACCAUAUCCCGCCCAUCACUACGAGUGAUUCCAAUCCGUUCCCUUAUCGCAUUGUCGUCAACCCUCGUGCUGACGGAUGGGGAAACCGUAUGGGGCUCUACUGA